AUACUAUCUGCAGUCGGCCAUUCUUCAAGAAGGUAAAAUAAUAAUAGCAAAAUGGCGAACAAUUUAACACUUGGAAUCAAUGACGUCCGGAACGAGCAUUCCGGAGAUGAAAGUGAUGAAGAUGAUGAUGAUGUAGUCGAGCAAAGUCCAUGUGGACGAUGGGAGAAGAGAAGGCAAGAGGUACGUAUUGAUAUUAACGCUAGCAGCCUGUCCAGCUGAAAGCGUGUUUUCAGUACUCCCUGUACAAUCAUUAAUCCAGUUCGAUUGACCAUGCAACGAAAAUAAAAUUGGUUUUCUUUCUUUGUCCGUGUUUAUUCAAGAAUUCACAAUACAUGGGCUUCCAAAAGUAGUAUGCCUCCAAUAGUUGCCAAAGUGGUGUUGUACCCAACUUUCAAAAAUGAUUGAUGCUACACUCGUAAGAGAAGAAAAUAUUGUAUAACUGGAAACAAUUUCAAGGAUGCUUGUCCAUAACAUAUACGCUGGGACUAAAAGCCCGGCAGCGGGAUGGACGAGCUCAGAUAAUUUAUGUCCACUUAAACAAAAAAUUGAUUUUUGGAAUUGCUUGACAUGACAUCUGUAAACAGCCAUCUGAUAUUAUCAAGAAGUUUGAAAUAGCCUUUCAGUUGAAAUGCUGUGGAAAUUUCUGACUGCCAGGCAUUUAGUCUAUUUUAGACUGUGCCCGGCUGCAGGGCAUUUAGUUACAGUGUGAAAUAUAUCAAUGGCGAGAUAAUGAUGAAUGUACAAAUGGAUAAAUAUUAUUUGGGAAAAUGUAUCUUUGUUUAAGUGAAAGCAAUACUAUCUCAGAUUUCUGUCAAUACUCCACAGAAAAGUAAGUAAGACUUAUUUUGAUUUUUACUGCAUCUUCUCAAGGUGAUGCAGAGAGAUGUCCCAGGUAUUGACCAUUCAUUCUUAGCCAUGGAUACAGAGGAAGGUGUUGAAGUAGUUUGGAAUGAAGUGCAGUUUUCUGAAAGAAAAUCCUUCAAAAGUAAAGAGGUAUAUUUAAAUGUUGACAAAGACUUAUACUGACAUGUAUAUCCAAGUUAUUGCAGUUAAAUGUAUGAACUUAAUGAUUGUGUGAUUAUUACAUUCUCAAUGUACGCUUUAUUAAGAAACGUCUCAAUAUUCUUUGAAGAUAUUGUUGCAAUUUUCAAGACUCAAGGGUACUUUGACCAUUCCUUGUAAAAUAUAGUCUGAAUUAUUAAUUUAAUAUGCUCUCUUUUCUAUGUGUAGGAGAAUGUCACAGCUGUCUUUGAAAAUCUGAUCCAGUUGGAUGUAAGUCAUUGAAGAAAAAGCUAAUAACAAUAACAAUGAUAUUUAUGAGAAUAGAAACAAUGAUAAUUAUAAUUAUAAUUAUAAUUGUUAUAAUUAUUAUGAUUUUUCUCUGUCUGAUCAAAAAGUGCUUUACUCUUUUUUCAGUUUUUUAUGUUCUUUAAUUGAUUUUCUGGAAAUCCCUGCUCUCUGUGUGAAAGCUUUUGUAACAAACAAUCUAAACCUUUUUUUGUUAUUUUCGACAGCAUGCAAACAUUGUUAAAUUUCACAAGUUUUGGACAGAUACCAGUCCUGAAAAACCUCGGGUCAUCUUCAUCACUGAGUACAUGACUUCUGGAUCAUUGAAACAGUUCCUGAAGAAGACACGAAAGAGCUUAAAGACCUUGAAUGAGAAGGUAUGGCUUGUUAAAGAUGAAAUAUUGCACUAAUAUUUUACAGAAUAUGCUUUUUAAAUGGUGAGCAGCAGAUACAGAUAAGUUACAAGAAAGCUUAUUUUCAAGUCAUAGCUUCUUGGAGUUUUGAAAAACCAAUUCAAUUUGAAAAUAUAUAUCUUUGAACUGUUUCAUUUCAGGUAUGGAAAAGAUGGUUACGGCAAAUUUUGUCAGCCUUGAGGUAGAAAAUUCACAGAUUUUUGUCUUUAAAGUUGCGAAUAAUUUAUCCAACUCAAGAGGAAAGAUAAAAACAAUGUUCCCUUUUCUCCUGCUAUUCCCUUAUCAUUUUUAUUUAAUAUAAGUUUAUUUUCCUUUUACAGCUAUCUCCAUGAAUGUGAAACACCCAUUGUGCAUGGCAACUUGUCUUGUGACACAAUAUUUAUCCAGCACAAUGGAUUGAUCAAAAUUGGUUCAGGUAAGGAAGGCUUUGGAGCUAAUCAGGGGCUUUCAUCAGAACUAUUUGUUUUUUGUCUUGCUUCAAUGUAAUUAUCUUGUGUUUCAUUUCCAGUUGCUCCUGAUACCAUUCACAAUCAUGUAAAAACAUACAGAGAUGAGAGGCGGAACAUGCACUUUAUUGCCCCAGAAUAUGGUACUAUUUAAUUUAAAUUUGUUUCCUCAUUUAUUUGAUUGUUCUUUAUUGGUAGAGAAGACAUUAUCUCAGAAAAUUGUGUCCUGGAUAGAACUUAACUUGAAACAAGAAAAUUUGCUGGAAUUAAGACCCACUAUCAACAAAACUGUUUUGAAUGCUUUCACUUACAGGAAAACCUGGACAUAUUAUUGACUGUGCAGUUGAUAUUUAUGCUUUUGGAAUUUGUGCUCUUGAGGUAAUACUUAUGGGUAUAAUAUAGAUUGUCAGAUUAAGAUUGCUGUAACAUUAUAGUUGGAGAGUACACUGCCACCACUUUAUUGCUGUAAUCUAUGGCUUUUUUCCUUCAAACACUGCACCCCUCACCCUUUCAGUCCAUUUAUGGCCCAUAUCAUUGGAGUGUUGGUGUUUGUCCCAUUUCAUAUGGUUGUAUAGGUUUUUUAUUUUGGACAUUUCUUCCCACUUUAAGACAGCUUUCUAAUGAUUUUGAUCACCAUUGUCUGAUUUUGUAUUGUUUUACCUGUGAAAAAGUUAAAGGAAAUUUAGUUUUGAUCAACUCUUGCUAGAUGGCAGCCCUGGAACUUCAUGACACAGAGGGUCGAGUUUCACGAGAUGCUGUCUUCAAAGCCAUUGCCGGAUUAGACUCUGCUAACUCCACUAUACCACGCCAGCAGGUAUAAAAGUGUUGUAUUAACCACUGAAUAAAUUAACUAUUUGAUCAUAAAUUAACUGUUGGAACAAAUAUUAUUUGUCAGGUUGCAUUCCUGUGAUAAACAAUGUAAGCACUAGCCCCAUAAUUCUGGAGCUUAUUGUAGUCUCUCUAGCAGAAAGUGAAAAGAAGUGCUUCUACUCCCUUUGAUGGGAUGUCUUUUUAUCAAGGUGUACCGUACCCCACCCUCCCUAGCAUUUUGUGAGGUUCCUUGGGCAAUUUUCUGAGCCAUUUAUACCUGAAGGGAUGCAGUGUGACAGUAUAGUGUCUUACCCAGAAACACAAUACAUUGGCCUAACAAGGCUUAAACUUGGAGCUUCAGAGUUCAUUGCACUAAUAAUGAGGCCACAGAUUACAAUUUGUACGAAUAUUUUUAGAUUUUUGUAUUCUGAAGUGAAGAGUGUCUGUCCAUGCCAUUUAUUUAACACUUCUUUCCAUGGGAUGUUUAUCAACAGGACUUCAUUCGGAGAUGCUUAGCUGAAAAUCCUGCAGAGAGACCUACUGCUAGAGACUUGCUGCUGCAUCCAAGUCUGUUUGUGGUAAGUGUGACUGCAGCAAACUCCCUUAAAAAUGGCAUUUUUUAUAUCCACAGGGUUUUAUGUCAUGCUUUUCACAAGAUUUUCUGUAUUUUUUGUAGAGGUUUACAGAAAAUAGAAAGAAUUGUAGAAUAUAUUAACAUCAGUAUAUCAAGCUGCGAACAAUUCUGUGCUAACUAUGCACUCUGUGAUUGUUUAAUUAAUCAGAAACUUUUCCCCCUUUGUAGGUUCAUCCUCUCAAGUUGCUUGCAGCACACUGCAUGGUGGAUAAUGAUGGUAAAUUUUCUUAUUUUUGCAUCAAUAGCAUCAGCUUAUUUCCAUAUACUGGUAUAGUAGAUUAAAUUUUUUACUCGGUUGGUUUGUUAAUUCUCAUUUCCCAUUUGCCGGGUAAGAUAUUGAAACUGUCAUGAGAAAUUACAUGUCAAUCACUUGAUCUUUCUAGUGUCUCCUCCUGACAAUCGUGAAGACACUGAUCCUGAAAGAGUGCUAGCAACCAUUGGAAAGGAACUGAAUUGGAAGUAUGACUUUUAUUAUAUAUAUUAGUUGAGAAACCAAAGCUGUGUGUUAAAUAUCAUCAUAAAUUUUUAGUAAGCAUGUGAAAAAUAACCUGCAUCUGAACACAAUCAAGAGAAAGUCAGGAUAAAAUGACAAAAGAAAUGUUUUGAUUUUUUCCUUGACAUAUUCUAGAAGAGAUUGGAAAAAAAGACCAAUCACCAAUACACAUCAAAAGUUUCUUUUACUGAUUAUCACCUUGUUUUGAAAGGCGAGGAAAGUCUCCUGCACUGGAACUGGAAAAGUACUUGGAGGAAGUAAGGUCAGUCAACAUAUACAGUUGUUGAAAAUGCAAUCAUACCAAGCCAGGGUUGUUAUUCAUGAUUUUUGUUUGUUUUACAGCUUUCUAAAUGGCUAUACCUUCUGUUUCAUUUUCUUGUCAUUUUGACUGUUUAAUCUUUGCAACAAGAAUUAAAUGCCUGACUGUAAUCCUAAAACAUUGCUAAAUGUGGUAAUGAAUUAAAAGAUGAUAUGGUACUUACAUUGGUCAUAAUGUGUGAAUGUACUAGAGAAGGAGGUGGCAUGGAAUGUCAGUUAAGCCCAACAUGAAUGGGUCAUUUGGCUGGUAAGACUUGACUCCCUCUGCAGACAAUGGUAUCUUUGAAGUGUAACUGGAAUUUUUCUUUUCUUUUCCUAGAAAUGGCUUGUUUCCCCUUACUGGAAUGCAACAAAAGAAGGAGUUGAGACCAAGACAAAGGUUAGUAUGAACAUUAGGGUGUCUAUUUGUUGUCUUCUCUGAAAACAGUUAUGCUGAGAAUAGUAUUUUAUAUUGAUUUUCUACAUGUUGUCUUUGCUUUGUUGUAGACCCAAAUCCCCUGAAGGAGAGGAAUCUGUCCUCAGUGAAAAUCAACAUCAAUAUGAUGAAGAAACUAGAAGGGUAAAUUCCUUUUUUUUUAAACAAAAAAACACUCAACAAGAGUGUUGGACAAAGAGGAAUCUAUGUUCUCAUUAAGAUUCCAGCCUCAGUUUUGCAGCUCCUCUGACCAUAGGAAAACUUGUUGGUGAGCUAGGCUGCAUAAUGGUUCAAAUGUGGGAUGUCUCCAAGGGAAAAAAAAAAAGAAAUAAUAACAGCACUGAAUUGUGAAAAUGUUUCAAGCUCUCUUUUAACUUAGUAUCAAGUCUUGAUGAUAAAGCUAUUCUACUGCUUCCAUAUAAAUGUUUAUAGAAUAUUUGUUUCUCAUUGUUGAUUUUUUAUGUUGUUUUUGCAGGCUACUCUUACCAAAUGUCAGAUCAAACUCAGUCAGGACAGUGCAGACAGUAAACAGCAAACUCAGGUCACUGAUGGAAAAUAUCACAAUUUCAAAUAUUAGAGCACAGUAUGACUGGUUGUUGUAGAACCAAACCCAAACAAAUGACCAGCUUAAAAUGCAGUAAAAUGCAAGUGACCAAGACUCAGUUGGUUUUAGUUUUCAAACUGAUUGGUUGAGAAAGUGGUGAAAAUUUUUUUGACCCAUCACAGAGCAAAGUAAAGAAAAGCCAAAGCAAUCUGGACUACUCUUGACACUCAGUUUAAAACUGUAGGAGUUAGUAGCUCACACCUGGUCCAAUUGGUUGAAAUUUUAAAGUUCAUCAUUUUCCUUCUGUUUUAAUCUUUGUCAUCCAUAAUCAUCCUGAUUCAUUUUUAGUUUCUUCAAACCUUUUUUGGUGUCUCCCUGCCUUGUAAAACUUGUGCUUAUACAUUUUAUUCUUAUGAAAGGCCUGACUUUUAAAUAACUAAGUCAUAAAGGAAAGCUAAAUGUUAUCCACGUUACUGAGCUGCCCUAAGAGUUAGUCUCAGAUAAGGCUUGUAGUACAACAAACUUAAUUUUUGAUUAAUGAUGCGUUUUACAUAUAUAGCAUGGAAAUGGUUGUUCUCUUUAAUCCACAGCUGGAAUUACUCCUUAAAUUGGAUGAUAAGAUGAAUAGACAUCUUGUGAGUGAUCUUCGUCCAGGUAUAGUCCAUAAUAUUUUACUACUUCCUCAGUCAUAAAUAGAAACUGUUAACAAGUUCCAGUCGUCUUUCCUUGACUGAUAUCAUUUGCAUUAACUUGAACUUUUCAUUAGGUUCUAUUCGGACCAUCUACUUUCCUGCUAUAAGAAUUUUAUACUGAUACGAGUUUUUUUUAACUUGAGUCACCAUUUUUGGGGAUUGUUGUGUAAUUUAAAAUGAUUUUUUUUUGCAGGGGAUAAAGGAGUGGACCUGGCUGACGAUCUAAUCAGACAUGGACUAUUAAACAAGGUAAAUUGACGAGCCAAUUACCAUAUUUUUUUAUUGAAGCAGCUCAAAAUGUAGUAUAAUUUUUUUAAAACCAUUCCGAUGGAUCGAUUCUAUCACACUCUUUGAGUGUUCCCUUGAUUCCUUGAAUGUGGUGUCAAAAGUAUGUCCAAUUAUUCCUCAAUGUGUACCGGUAACAAUGCCACAGCCUCUUUUAAAAAAACCUCUUUAAUCUUAGCUUUAUGUGCCUGUAAAUUAGAAAAGAGAUCGGUAACUCUCGGUUAUUAUCAAUGAUAAGACAGCAUAUCGACAUCAAUCUUGCUGCCAAGUUUUAUAACUAAUCUGUACAUCAUGUUUAGAGCCAUCUAGAUUGAUAAAAAUAUUUUAAGCAGUUCCGGUCUCUCUGCGCAAGUGCGAUCCUUUGUAGGAGCUGACGUUUAUUUCCUGAUGUUAAUUGUAUUUCCAGGCGGACCGAGAAGAAUUAGCCAAAGCUAUACAAACACAGUUAAAUUCCUACCCUACCAUUACAACUUGUAAGUAUUCAUUU